GUGAGAAGCAUAUUUAAAUAACAUAAGAAAGCGUGUUAAACCGUAUUCGCUGAAACGAUGGAAUCGGCUACAAGCAUCCUCAUCUUAGUGAUCAUCUCAUCAAUGGUAGCCCAUGGACUCGUCCUAGAGUGUGUCGAAGGUAACUCAGGCUACUACAACAAUAAUCAGAAUUGUACCUUCCAUGAUGUAAACAUCGACGAUAUAUCAAACGUUGUAUCCUUCCGAGCAAGCUACUACUCUCGCUACAACUUCCAGUUUAUCAAUUCGGUUCUGAUUGAAAUUCCCAAAAAGAUAUUCGAAGCGUAUUCCUCUGUUAGGACGCUGUACGUGGCCGACUGUGGGAUAGAAAUAGUAAGUCGGUACACUUUCGAACGUGCAACCGAGCUGCUGUUUUUGAACUUGUCCGGAAACAUUCUGGCGGAAUUAAACAACUACGUUUUCACCGGUGCAAGUCAAUUGAACAUACUGGACCUAAGCUACAACAAUAUCUCGAAAAUUGAAGAAAAAGCCUUUAACAAUUUGAAUGUACUAACAACGCUAUUCCUGACUGGCAAUAAGUUAAAAGCUCUGAAUGACGAUGUGUUCUCGCAUUUGCCGAAUAUGAGAAAACUGUAUGCUGCCAAAAAUGAACUGCAAACUCUACAAAGCGGAUUGUUUCAAUUCAAUACACUUCUGACGAUGUUGUUCUUGCAAAGUAACCAGUUAGUGUUCAUGGACAAAGAUUUGUUCAGUGGCGUGAAUGAAAUGGACUAUCUAUGGCUGAGCAAUAACAGUCUAACCAGUUUCGACUUCAAUGGUUUAAAAGUGAAAAGAGUAAAUCUAAUCCGCAAUAAAUUGCAGAAAGUGAAGCUGAGUCCAAACGUGGAAAAAUUGUAUCUGAAUAACAACAGCAUAUCGGAAAUCACUGCCGAUGACUUUAAAGAACUCAAGUUGACUCUUUUGAGCGUAACAUGGAAUAAUCUUACAUCGAUGGACGGUAUUGAUGAAAUAAGCUCCCUAGAAGUUCUUGAUCUGUCGCACAACAAAAUAGGUGCAUUGAAAUUGUCAAGUUUUGCUUCUCUAAAAAAUCUAGCUGAUUUAAAUCUGGAAGACACAAAGAUCACCAAUCUGCAGCACGGAACAUUUUCCCAGCUGACAUUACUCAAACGUCUGGAUAUCUCCUACAACAAUUUGAACCGUAUCGAUUUGGACAUUUUCACUUCUUCACAUUUAAUACAGGAAAUGUUCAUCGAAGGAAAUCGGCUCAAGGAGAUUAAUUAUGAAGAACUUCGCAAAAUCUUCCCUUCGUUGAGUAAAAUAAGCAUUGCCGAUAACAAUUGGAACUGUUCCUUCCUUACCCGAAUGAUACGUAGCCUGAAUACGCAAUCAAUCGCAGUCGGAGGUUUUAAAUCGGAGAAUUUGAUUGCAGAUAAAACCAAUGUUAAAGGGAUCUACUGUACUGAUAGCACGAAUCCUCUGAAUGCGUGGAACAUUACCGCUCAACAUUUGGACAAAUAUUUAAAUAGUACAGCUCCAAUCUUCGAUUCAACGGAAAUCAAACAGAUCAUGCAGAAUGCGAUCGACGAUAUUAGCAAGUUCAACGAACAGAGAGCGGCCAUUGCCAACAAAUCCGAUAAUAUCGAAGGAGAAAUCUACGAUCUAACUAAAAAGCUUCUUUCGCUGGAGAAUCAAAUUAUCGAUGUAAAAAAAUCGAUCCUGGAUGUACAAAUGUCACAACUAGCGAAUGCAACCAACGAGACCUACGUCUCGAACGAUCUGAAGAAAAUUAUGCUGGAGAUAAACGAACUUACUCUCUCCAAACUGAAGCAAACUAAGGAAGAAAUGGAGUUCAAAUAUUAUCAACAGUCGUUCAAGAAUGAUAAACUUGAAGAGAAAAUUACCAGUACUGCAGAAAAAUUGAUUUUGCUAUCCAAACAAAUUGAUCAAACCAGAAGUUCAUCAUUUUUAAGUCACAACUCCAUGGAAUUAAAAGCACCAUCAACAACAGAGGCGGCCUCUGGCAGCAGCGGUUCUACCCAAAUAAUGAUGGUUCUGAUACUGAUAGCUCUGAUUGCUCUGAUAGCGAUAGUUGUAAUGGCAAUCUAUCGGAACCGGCUACCGUUUGGAAGGAAACGUGGAGAACGCUACGGUACAUCCAACACCCUCGCCACGAUGGUGGAUGAUAUGUGAAAGUAGUGGGCGACUUCCGUUCAAUUUCCGCAAUUUGCUCGAUGAUAAGAGCACGAGUCGUUGGCGGUGAAUAUGUAAGAGUUAUGUGUACAGUUGAGUUAUGUUUGAAUAAAGAACACUGGUGAU